AUGGGCAAUAGAGAUCUGGAGAGAGGGGCGGCGGCCCAAAAGACCAGAAAUCAGAGCUACUAUGCCGGGGGAGGGUAUGAUAUGGAGUAUUCGGACAGCCAGUGGACUUCUUGGCUUGUGCCCAUGAUUGUUGUGGCUAACGUGGCCAUGUUUGUGGUGGUCAUGUUUGUCAACAACUGUCCCAGGAAUCAUGAUGGGUUUCAAGGUUCUUGUGUGGCUAGGUUUCUUGGGAGACUGGACAAAUUGGGAGCUCUUGAAUGGAACAAGAUAGUGCAUGGUAAUCAAGCAUGGAGGCUCAUAACUUGCAUCUGGCUUCAUGCUGGUGUUAUUCAUCUGCUUGCAAACAUGCUCAGCUUGGUUUUCAUUGGAAUUCGUCUCGAGCAGCAAUUUGGAUUUCUACGAGUAGGGGCGAUAUACUUACUGUCAGGAAUCGGUGGAAGCAUAUUGUCUUGUUUAUUCAUUCAGAGGAAUACAUCAGUUGGAGCUUCUGGUGCUCUGUUUGGACUUCUUGGGGCAAUGUUGUCUGAGUUGCUUACCAACUGGACAAUUUAUACUAACAAGAUUGCAGCUUUGUUCACCCUGCUGGUCAUCAUCGCAAUCAACUUGGCGGUUGGAAUUCUUCCACACGUGGACAAUUUUGCUCAUAUUGGAGGUUUUUUGACUGGUUUUCUCCUCGGCUUUGUAUUGCUCGUUCGGCCUCAGUUUGGUUGGUUGGAAGCCAGACACCUGCAAACAAAUGCUCGUUUGACGUCAAAGUACUCAAUUUGCCAAUACGUUUUCUUGAUUGCUGCUGCCAUUUUAGUGGUCAUUGGGUUCACGGUUGGACUCGUCAUGCUGUUCAGGGGAGAAAAUGCGAACGAUAGGUGCAGCUGGUGCCAUUAUCUAAGCUGUGUGCCUACAUCAAGAUGGAGCUGUAACAAUUGA